CGCGGCGCGCUGCUCGCGGCGAGUUGGGGCGCUCCGACUCUUGGCAGAUCAUCGUUUCACGAAUUCAUUUGAGAGUGUGUUUUGCUUCUGGCUUUGUGUUUCCUCGGACGAGACGACGAACUCACCGAGCCAGUGAAACACUCAUCCGCUGCUUCAAGGAAGCGGAUCCUGAUUACUUAGAGAUCUCGUAGAAACCUUCGUCAUGAGCUCUUCAGAAGAAGUAUCUUGGAUAUCAUGGUUCUGUGGUCUCCGAGGCAACGAGUUCUUCUGCGAGUGUGAUGAGGAUUACAUCCAGGACAAAUUCAACCUCACUGGUCUCAAUGAGCAGGUACCUCACUACCGACAGGCGUUAGAUAUGAUCCUGGAUCUCGAGGCAGACGAUGAUAUCGAUGACAAUCCCAAUCAGAAUGACCUAAUUGAACAAGCGGCGGAGAUGCUCUACGGCCUCAUACACGCUCGUUACAUCCUCACCAACAGGGGUAUCGCUCAGAUGCUUGAAAAGUACCAAAACGGAGACUUCGGCUACUGUCCACGUGUAUAUUGUGAGAACCAAUCGCUGCUUCCAAUCGGUCUUAGUGAUGUACCAGGAGAAUCUAUGGUGAAGCUGUACUGUCCGAAAUGCAUGGAUGUCUACAGUCCGAAGAGCACGCGACAUCACCAUUGCGACGGCGCUUAUUUUGGAACUGGCUUCCCCCACAUGCUGUUCAUGGUCCACCCCGAAUGUCGGCCUAAGCAGCCUGUGAAGCAAUUCGUGCCCCGGCUCUACGGCUUCAAAAUUCAUCCGCUAGCUUAUCAAAUUCAGGGCAACUCGGGUAAUACGUUCAAAGCGCCAGGGCGCUCGUUUGUCAUCAAUCCGGGAAAACGUUGAUGCUUUGAUUCUUCCUUGUCUGUCCAUCAUCGAUAUCGACUGGCCAAUUUAUUUGAGGACAACCACGAGACAUUGUUGAAGUUACUGACCAGCUCGGGCGGCCCGCGACGGUAGCCGUAUUCCGCUCAACUGAAAAAGAGAACGAUGACACGACCACGACGAAAUCAUGAUGUACAUUAUCACAUCGGAGGAAGAACUACAAGCUGUCUAGGCGCCGUGUAGCCGACUUAGAAAACUGUUGGACGGUAAAACUAGAGUUCUCAUCCGCGAUUCCGGUGACUGCGUCACCUCAGCGUUCGGAUAUUUCGCUUGUGAGCCCGAUGAAACGGGCCGACCGGAAGCCCUUGUUCGGGAAUCGGGCUAGGGGAAUGGUGGUGCAGGAUAGUCAAACAGUUCGAAGGGAACGUUUGGUGAAUUUUGUUGAAUAACCCUAGGCAUGAAUGUAAAAAGUAUGAGCGAUGAGCGUUUGCCACACACCGAGGAAGAGAAUAGUUCUCUGGAGAGAGAUAAUAAAUUGAUUGAUGCGAGUCGUAAAUCGUAACCCUCGCUGCGCGCCUGAGGAAGGCUGAUCCGCGAUCCUGGCACGACGGAACCCGUCGAAGAGCGGCGGAAGACGAAUGAGGAAUCCUCUUGCCGACCAUACGAUUUAUAAGGAUCGAUGGCUCCCAUUUUAAGAUGAAACUUGCUAACGAAAACUGAACUUUUCGGGGCGGAGAAUAAAAGCUCAUGAGGAAGGA